AUGGCCUCUCCUAUGAGAUUGGCAAGUGGGCUUCUAACCCGAGCCACCCGGACCAUUGCCAUUGAAUCCGCCCCGACACAACGCCUCCUCCGAAGCAACACUGCAUCGCAAUGCCGAGCCUACACCCAAGCACAGCGCCCACGAUGCCAACAAAGUAUGCCUAGCAUGAUUACUGCAAAGAACAAUUUCUCAACUUCUGCGUUCCGCGAGAAAGGCAAGACAAUGGGCCAGCUGCGCCAGCGUCACACGAACGGUCCAUUUUCGUGGAAGGCCGCGCUGCUCUUCGUGUUGACCAGUGCUGGUAUGAUGCUCUACUUCCGCGUUGAGAAAGCCCGUCUGGAACGGAAGCGCAUGACGGAGAUGAGCAAGGGUGUUGGAAGGCCGAAGGUUGGCGGUCCGUUUGUGUUGAAGGACCUUGACGGGAAGGAGUUUACCGCAGAGGAUUUGAAGGGCAAAUACAGCUUCGUCUACUUUGGCUUCACUCACUGCCCCGAUAUUUGCCCUGAUGAGCUCGACAAGAUGGCUGAGAUCAUUGAGAAGGUCAAGGCAUCUACCAAGGAUGAGAGCCUCUUCCUGCCCGUAUUUAUCACCUGCGACCCUGUUCGCGAUACACCAGACGUCCUGCGCGAUUAUCUGAAGGAAUUCCACCCCGGCAUUGUCGGCUUGACCGGCACAUACGAGCAGGUCAAGAAUGUUUGCAAGCAAUACCGUGUCUACUUCAGUACGCCUAAGGAUGUGAAUCCCGGCGAGGAUUACCUCGUCGACCACAGCAUCUACUUCUACCUCAUGGAUCCUGAUAACGACUUCGUUGAGUGUAUCGGUCGCCAGGAUACCCCUGAAUCUGCGUCGAAGGUGAUUUUGGAGCACAUCAAUGACUGGAAGAGGGAAGGAAGGCCGCUGAAGGUCGAGUAA